AUUAACACUGAUAAAGACAAACACAAACGUUCCGUGGAAGAUGGUGAAGAUGUUACCACUAAAAUUGCUAAAACUAGUAACAACCUAAACUUGAAAAAUUCUGAAUACAUCCAUGACACUGAUAUUACUGAUUCUAUGGAUAUUGGAUUACUAAUUCAGCAGUUAGAAAAGAAUGAUGGUAAUUUUAGAGAACUGUUAAGAUUUAAAGUUGAAGCGGGCGAUAAAAAUUUAGCCAAUCAUUUAGAGACAGCUCCACAUAAUGCGACAUACCUUAGUUCAGAAAUUCAAAAUGAAGUAAUUAAUGCAUGUUCUAGUAUGAUCAUUGAACAACUUGUUUCUAAGAUUAAUAGUGCAAAAUGUUUCACGGUAUUGGCUGAUGAAACAACAGAUAUUUCUGGAAUUGAACAGUUCUCGUUAUGUGUUAGAUAUUUGGAUAUAUUCAAAAAAGAGAUGAGAGAAGAUUUUUUAAAAUUCGUUCCUGUUCAUGAUGUUACCGAAAAAGGAUUAGCAACUACUCUAAUGGAUAGCUUAAAAGAAUUAGGACUUGAGUUGAAGUAUCUACGUGGUCAGGGAUAUGAUGGUGCCGCCGCUAUAAGUGGACACUUUAAUGGAGUUCAAGCUCAUGUAACCAAAAACUACCCUCUUGCUCAUUAUAUUCAUUGUAGUUCAAAUAGUUUAAAUUUGGCGAUUUCGGAUGCUUGUAAUAUUCAAUCCAUUAGAAACUGCACAGGAACAAUUCAGAAAGUUUGUGUCUUCUUUAAAUAA